GAGCAGACAAGUCAACCAGCUGAACAACAGCCGGCGAGUAGUAGCAACACUGUAGCUUUAACAACAGAGAGAAAGACAACCGGACGAGAAGGCAGCAUCACAGUAUUGAAGAAGUCGCUACACGAUUUUCUGUUCUCCACAGAACUAACUGAGGUACAAGCAGCAUUUGCAGAUCUACUGCGUCAUGACAAGGCUGAAUUAGAGAAAAGUAAAAUGAUGAUGUUGAUCACAUUGUGUGAUCGCGGUGGUCAAGAGCGGUUUCUGAUGACGCACGCAGCACUGAUGGCAGACAGCAGUGACUACAGUGCAACCGCUUACAUGAUAGUGAUGGACGGAACAAAGAGUCUUGCAGAUCCCAUACCUCAAUGUUUGUUCCGACCCGAACAAGGAAGCAAACAGUUGGUGAUGGAACGGUUUGGUCCUAAGACGAGACGUGAGCUGUUGGCUUACCACAUGAAUUGCAUCAAGAUGGCUCAUCCAUCAGUGAGUGAUGGUCCUUUUCUUGGUCAGGACUACGUCAAGCGAGCACCAGUCACAUUUGCAGUGUCCACUCGAGAAGACGAAACAAAGAACAUGGAUCCAAAAUUUUUAGAAGAACAAGAAGAAAUACUGCAAGAUGUGGUACAGAGGAACGAGUUUGGUGAUCACAUGGUGUUGGCAGAGAAAAAUCCGAAUAAACUGACUUUUCGUGUUGACAACACACGAUCUGGCACCAAGAAUCCUGAUCCGGUGGUGAUGAAGGUGAAGGAGAUAUUUGUAGCAAUGGUACGGUCACUGUGGAGUCAACGACAGGCUAUUCCUUUGCCGUGGGCAGUUCUGGAUAAAUUGUUGAGCAGGGUGUCUCAACUAGCAGGCAACGAAGGCAAAAUACUCGACAUCGAUGAAGUGUGCGAGUUGGCUCGAAAAUUCUGUGAUAUUGUAACAGUUGGAGAAUGUCGAUCGGCACUGAAAUAUUUGUCGAGUUUGAGCACGAUUGCAUUCUAUUCAAAUGUAAGUGAGUUAGAAAGAAAAGUUUUCACUGAUCUACAAUGGCUGGUCAAUGUCCUCACUAUCUUUGUUACCAUCCUCGAGAAAAGUAACCUGCCACCAGAUCUCUGGAAAGAUCUGAAGAAAUUAAAGGAAGAAGGAAUGAUGUCAUGGCCAUUGGCUCACUAUCUGCUGGUGCAGAAAGGUGUCAAUGAAAGUCAGUUUGAGUCCAUUCUGCAAGUUUUGCAUUUAUUCGACAUCAUCUGUCCUAUGAUCACAUCACCAGAGAUGCUGAAAUCUGUUCUGAAGGUUGGACAGGCAUUCUUUGUUCCUUGCUUGCUGGAACAGAGAUAUGAUAACAAAUUGGCAUGGCAACAGAUGACCAUCUCCACUUUCUGUCCUCCAUCUCUCAUCUUUCGUCCCGAAGGAUUUGAUGCGACUCCCGAGCCGAUCUACUUUCGCCUGGUGUCUCGUUGUGCCAGUGAAUAUGCCCAUCGUCCCAUGCUGAAAAGAGGUUGUGCUAUCUUCCACGCGAAUGAUGAUCUUGAGCUCGAUCUGGAACUGGUUUAUCAUAGACUGCGUUACAUUAUUGCUACUGUCUACUUUCCAGAUGAUAAAAUUUCUAUGAAUAAGCUGAAGCAACAAUGUAGCAUUACUCGUCAGUUUCUUAUUUGUCAGCUAAAUGAGGUCAAGAAAAGAGGAUUGGAUGGCAUCAAAUUUACUGUUUGUGUUAAGCCUCCACCAACUGAAGCCGAAGUAGCUGAUUUAAUAGAUGACGAUUGUCUGGUGUGCAUUGAUGAAUAUCCACAACAAAGAAGUUUGAUAAACCGGAAGAAUGAGCGUGUGCCACGAAGGCAGUUUCCUACCUUGGAUCUCUGGUUUAAUGAUGUAGGGAAAGUCUCUGAUGUUGCAAUUGAACGUGAUGCAAGACAACAAGACGAGCCACAGACAAAUGUUGGAAAAGGAGAUGAUGAACAGCAGGACAUAAAAGAACCACUAAAGAAGAAGAAAAAAUUGAUGGUAAAGGAAGUAUCAGGAUACUCACUUGAUUUUGAUACAGUGAGAGAUGCUGUUGUUAAAUAUGGCUGUAACUAUUGGUACGAGAUUGGACUCAAAUUGGGACUAAAUGGCAAUGAGAUCAUAGAUAAAACUCAUGUAAUACCUCCUUCCGCUGGCAAGUUGUUAGCUGUCAUUGAGGCAAAAAGGGUGAAAGAUGGAAAAGAGAAAACAGCAGAGGACUUGUUGAGGGCAUGUUAUUGCAUGUCCACACCAAUUGGCAAACAAGUUGAAGAUGAGUUGAAGAAAGUAUUUAGAGAGAGAAAGGUAGGCGAGUAGCAGCAGGAGGCAAUGAUGGAAGUGAACACUACUGCAGUAGUAUUGUUGAUAUCACUAUGGUAUAUUGGAUAUUUAUAUUUAUCAAAAGAAAAUGUUGUGAAUGUUUCUGUUGCAUUUUAUUAUGAAAUACAAUUGAUUGUUUGAAUGGUG